AUGGCCUCCAGAAGAAUGAAUCUGUGUGACUGGCACAGGUUUCUUUGUAGCUGUCUCUUGUUCUCCAUAUGCCAGGGCCAGGCUCUGAUGCCGGAGGCCCCGGCGCAGGGAGCCGGCCUCAUGCAGUCCCUCUACUCCACGAAGGCUGACCCUCAAAUCGACUCGGUGUCUGCGCUGCAGUUGAUGCAAGCCCCGCAGAUGUUUCUGCAGCCUACCUCUCUGCAGAUGCCCAGCAGAACUUCCAUGAUGCAGCUGCCGGAACAGCCGUCAGCGUCGGUUCUGUCGGCGGACUCCAACCUGCGUCGUCCUUCGCAGAUAAUGCCAGACCCACUCCUGCAGCCGCAGCAGAUGGGAACGGUGCCGACGUAUGCAAUGCCACAGAUGCAGAUGCCAUCCCCACAGUUAUGGGGUCAGAUGCCGCAGAUGCAGAUGCCAAUGCCCUACCAGCAGGUUCAACCUCUUGGCCUGCAGCAGGUGCAAGCUGGGAGCUGGACGCGAGAGCAGGCCAUGGAACAGCAGUUUAUGGCCAUGCGGCAGGAGCUGCAAGAGCUCAAACAGCAGGAAGCCAAGCAGGCCAAGGAUUUAGAAUUGAAGUCAGCAGAAGCCGAUCUGGCCGACAAAAAGGUGGAGGAGGCGGAAAGGAAGAUGAAGGAUGCGGAUGCUGCAGCUAAGCAGUUGCAGGAUAGAGAGCAGAAGGUCGAGGAUCAGGCCAUUUCAGCUGUCCGAACAGCAAAAGCCCAGGUUUCUCAGGCGCAGAAAGAGGUCAAGCAGAUGCAGGACGAGCUGCGACAGGCGCAGGCUGAUGCCAUUCAGGCACGGGCGGCUCAGGCAGCUGCUGAGGAGCAGGUGGCAAAAGCAGAAAUGCUGCAAGCGGCGCAGGCUCAAAGCGACAUCAACAAGGACAUGCUGGGAGCCCUCAGCUCGGUCAAGAGGUCGCAAGCCUUUGAGGUAGCUUCCGCGAUGGCUGUGCCAGACGAAGAGAUACAGGAAGUUUUCAAGCUUUUUGACCAGGAUGGCUCGGGAAUUAAGAUCAAGGAGAUUGGUACCGUCAUGCGAAGCCUUGGCCUGGCAGCAUCUGAGGCUCAGCUGCGCGAGUUCCGAGCCGAGGCAGAGAAGAAGGACCCGGCGUUUGUACAGUUUCCCGACUUCCUGGGCUAUGUGAAAAGAACGGAAACAGUUGAGGCGACCAAGUCUAGCGAUGUGGGCAAGGAAAUGGAAGGAAUGAAGGUUGGCUUGCUCUACUUUUUCGACAAGUUGACCACGAAGCAGAUCCGAGAGAGCCCCCCGGACUCCAUCAAGAUGGCGGAUCUCAAGCACAUUAUGUCAUCGGUCGGCGAGAAGAUGACAGAGGAUUCGGCCGAUCUUUGCAUUUGUCGUGCGACUCAACCUUUAGUAGCGUUGAUGGCUCCAUGCUUGCCGCCCGAUGACAGCGAAGAUUGCCCAUCAUGA